AUGUCAUGUUUGAUGUCUGAGAGUUCAGGUGGAGAAAGUCAGGACCCCCCUGCCUUUGGCGGGGAAGAUACCGAAAGUGAUGAGCCGAGCCUUGUGCUAGAGGUUGUGGCUGAUCAAGUUCUGGGCCCUGCCUCAGAGGCCAAAGGUGGGCUCAAGCAAUCAGGCAGGAGUUGUUGGUCCUUCGUAAAUCUCGCGGCCUGGUGCUCCGGCCGAGGGGAUGUACGUCAACAUGUGACGUCCUCCUUUUGGAUGCGGUGCGGUUGUGCGUGGGCGUGCCAGCACGGUCUACCGUGCGUCGAGAUGAUGAUGAGGUUCGGGUAG